AUGACAACAAUAAGAAAGUUCAAAUGUAGAGAUAUAUUAGAGUAUUCAAACGUUAAUCUUGACUACUACACAGAAACUUUUCAUUUUCCUUUUUACUUUGAAUAUCUAUCUAAAUGGCCAGAGAUGUGUUUUAUUGCAAAAGACUGUAAUGGGAGAGUAGAAGGAUAUCAUUUUGGAAAAAUAGAAGGAGAAGGAGAGAAGUAUCAUGGACAUCUCACAGCCAUUACUAUUGCAAGAGAGUUUAGAAGAAUUGGACUAAGUAAUCAAUUGAUGUUUUGGUUAAAACAAAUCAGUGAAGAGGCAAAUUGUUAUUAUGUUGAUUUAUUUGUUAGAAAAAGUAAUGAAACAGCUAUUGGAAUGUAUCACAGACUAGGUUAUUCUGUGUAUAGAGAAAUCUUAGAAUAUUAUAGUAGUAAUAAUGAAAGUGCCUAUGAUAUGAGAACUCCUUUACCUCGUGAUGUAGACAAAAAAUCAAUUAUUCCAUUACCUAAACCAAUUUAUGCUGAUGAAGCAGAUGACCUUUAA